CCUAAUUUUCUCCCAAAAAAAAAAAAUGGAAAAAAAAAAAGGAAAGCAAGAAAGAAAAGACUUAGCUUACUUUGUUCUAUAAAUAGAAGAACACAACGAUUGUGCCUAUCCCACUCUAUUACGUUCAUUGUGUAUCAUUACAACUUAGACAGCAUUGUCUGAACUGAAACCAAGAACACAUUAAUAGAGAAGGAGAAGGGGGCGACCUGAGAUUGAAGACCAUAGAACACCAAAUAUGGAAGGAAGAUGGAAGGUGGUUGCGUUUAUGACAUUGGUUUUAGCUGCUAUGCUGAAUUCUUCUUCAGCACAAACCACACACGUGGUCGGUGACUCCUUGGGCUGGCUCGUUCCGCCCGGUGGAGAGGUAGCUUACCGGACUUGGGCGGCCUCCAGAACGUUCACCGUGGGAGAUGUGCUCGUGUUCAACUUUACUACAGGAAUUCAUGAUGCAGCUGAGGUGAGCAAAACAGCAUAUGAUUCAUGCAAUUCCAGCAGCCCCAUCUCCAUGUACACCAAUGGGCCAGCUACAAUCACCUUGACAACAGCUGGGGAGCACCACUUCAUUUGCACCUUCAACAGGCACUGUGAUUUGGGUCAGAAACUGGCCAUCAAUGUCUCCGCAACCUCCACGCCACCCGCACCACAGCCCGCCACUCCACCGCCAGCGCCUUCACCGGAAACCACCCCAUCACCAGCCGUGCCGACAACUCCUCCACCAGCAGCUACACCUGCACCCUCCCCCUCUAGGCCUGCCACGACAUUCACUGUUGGAGACGGCCUCGGCUGGCUUGUGCCUCCUGGUGGUCCAAUUGCAUACGAGACCUGGGCUAGGGGCAAACCUUUCAUGGUGGGAGACAUCCUAGUGUUCAACUUCACAAAUGGAGCCCACGACGUCGUAGAAGUGACAAGGGCAGAAUUUGACUCAUGCAACGUCAGCACCACCACCAUCACCCCCAUAACCACUAGUCCCGCCAGGAUCACCCUCACUUCUGCCGGCGACCACUACUACAUAUGCACUUUUAGUCAGCAUUGUAACUUCGGCCAAAAGCUAGCCAUCAACGUCACCGCCGCCGGAUCCACCGCCACCCCUCCAUCAGGCUCAGCCCCAGCACCUUCCUCCGCCGCCACCCCUCCACCAGCUAGCUCCACAACUCCACCCCCCAGAUCCUCUGGUCCCACACCGGCCACUCCUUCCACACCCUCGACCCAACCACCAGUUACAGCUCCUCCGCCACCAAGCAACUCCGCCCCAUCUUUUGCUGGUGCUGCUUUACCAUUCACCUUCUUGGCUGCUGCCGUGGCUUUCUUGUAUAACUAGAUAUAUAGCGUGAUGCACAAUUUUUUAUGAUAUAUUUUUUAUUUCAUGCAAUUUCCUCAUUAUGUAGAUUGUAUUAUUACUUCCUUGAGUACUAAUAAAGCUGAUUCUUUUCGGAUUCA